AAAGCACAGAAGCAGGAAUCCAGAGCAGACAGAAGUGACAGAAGCGAAAUCUGCCUGCACUGCUCUCAUGCAGCGAUUCGCCGCUUUCACUUCUGAGCAUCUGUGAUUUCUCGCCUUGUCAUCACAGGUGUGACUCUGCUCAGCACCAGCAGCAGCAGCAGGAACCAUGGGCGCCAUGACUUUCGUCGACAUCAUUCUGGCCAUUAUCUUGCCUCCUCUGGGAGUUUUCCUCAAGUUCGGUUGCAAAGUCGAGUUCUGGAUCUGCCUGCUGCUCACCAUUUUGGGUUACAUCCCCGGAAUCAUCUACGCCAUCUACGUGCUUCUCCAGUAAGCAGGCGAGGCGCUGGCUGGCGUCCGCAAUGUAGAUAUGCAAGUGUAAGCCAAUCCAUGCUCGAUUGAACGAUGAUGUACAAGAUGUUCGACCUGGACGCGAGUCUGGGUCUAAGAGCUGAGCUAUGGGAGUGGGCAUCGGGGAUCCACAGUCUUCGACCUUCUGGGCUUCGAUCCAUCGUUUAUGUGUACAUAUGUAACGACGAUGGGGAGCUUGGAGCCCAGAGAAACACACUUUUGCUGGAACUGGAAGAUCUCGGAAGAAGAUCCUCAUUUUUUGCACCGUUUCUAGUUCAAGUACUUGAAUAAAAAGGAAGGAGAUCCUCUCUCCAGACAAAGUUUCGC